AUGAAGGAUAAUAUCAGCGACAAUCUACGACAACAAUUGGAACGAAGGACACACCCAAACAAGCUAUUAUUCACCGACACCACGUACAACGCGAUUGUUCAACUUGUCGAAGGGAAAUACGCCUUUACGGACGGCGAAGAAAUCUGGAACUGGUUUCAUAUGACGCCCUCCGACUUCCCGUCCAUCUCGGAUUACAUUGAUAAUCUGAUGAGCACCGCUGUACGUCUGAAUUAUCACCCACCCACCUUGAGUCCCGGCACCGUUAUGAAGAAGGUCAUCGGAAGCCUAGACAGUAGGCCCGUGUUGAAAAUGAGGUGGAAAUACACGAUGCAGGAGAUCGAGGAUGACGAAUCUGCUUUUACAGAGAAGGAUCUGUGGGAAUAUGUCAAUCUCGUCCACCAAGAACUCAGGCAUGAAGAAACUGCCGCUGGAGCAAACGACCAACAAUUAGAGUAG